CGAGUCUUCCAACUUCUACGCCGGGGAUGGACUACGAGACGAGGCUCGCCGCGGCGGCGAAGUUAGUCUACGCCGCCGAUUCAUCUAAUGUAGAAGAGACACCAGUCGACCCCGCCGAGAUUGGCGUCACGGCGAUCCUAAAACCUCACCAGUUGGAGGGACUCUCAUGGCUUAUAAGGAGAUACAAGAUCGGUGUCAAUGUUAUCCUCGGAGAUGAGAUGGGCCUGGGGAAGACUUUGCAAGCUAUUUCCUUCUUAAGCUAUCUGAAAAUUCAUCAGAAUUCAUCAGGACCAUUUUUGGUGUUAUGCCCUCUCAGUGUGACUGAUGGUUGGGUUUCAGAGAUAGCUAACUUCGCCCCAAAACUAAAAGUCCUAUCGUACGUUGGUGAGAAAGAUCAUCGGCAGAAAUUGCGCAGAAGCAUAUAUGAGCAUGUCAAAAGCUUGUCCUCCAAAUCUCAUGUAGUGUCCUUGCCUUUUGAUGUUCUGUUGACCACAUAUGACACAAUAUUGAUUGAUCAGGAUUUUCUUUCUCAAUUUUCUUGGACAUAUGUAAUUGUUGAUGAAGCUCAAAGACUGAAAAAUCCUUCAAGUGUAUUGUAUGCGGUCCUGAAUGAGAGGUUUGUCAUGCCAAGGCGCUUGCUGAUGACCGGCACCCCUAUUCAGAAUAACCUCAAAGAACUUUGGGCCUUAAUGCAUUUCUGUAUGCCUUCAGUUUUUGGGACACUGGAGCAAUUUCUUCUUAGAUUUAAAGAAACAGGAUUCUCAGGUGAUGAUGCAGCACAAGCUGAAAGUGAAUACAAGGUCUUAAAAUAUGUUUUGGGGGCUUUCAUGCUCAGAAGAACAAAAUCAAAGCUUAUUGCUGCAGGAAGUCUUGUUCUGCCACCUCUUUCUGAGAUUACUGUGUUAGCGCCCUUGGUUGCCCUGCAAAAAAAGGUGUACAUGUCAAUAUUGAGGAAGGAGCUUCCUCAACUUCUUGCAUUCUCUUCUGGGACCUCGAAUCACCAAUCCUUGCAGAACACUGUAAUUCAGUUAAGGAAAACAUGUAGUCAUCCAUACCUUUUUCCUGGUAUUGAACCUGAACCAUAUGAGGAAGGGGAACAUCUAGUUAUGGCUAGCGGGAAGCUUAUAAUCCUGGACCAGCUACUGCAGAAACUGCAUCAAUCAGGACACCGUGUUCUUUUGUUUGCACAGAUGACUCACACACUUGAUAUAUUACAGGAUUUCAUGGAGUUGCGAAAGUACUCUUAUGAGCGUCUUGAUGGAUCAGUUCGAGCUGAGGAACGAUUUGCUGCUAUAAGAAGUUUUAGCAAACUCUCUAAGGACGCAAUUAAUACUGCACCAGAUCAAAGUGGUGCAUUUGUGUUUAUGAUUUCUACUAGGGCUGGUGGAGUUGGCUUAAAUCUUGUAGCUGCUGAUACAGUCAUUUUUUAUGAGCAAGACUGGAACCCUCAGGUGGACAAGCAGGCUUUACAGAGGGCGCACAGGAUUGGCCAGAUGAACCAUGUCUUAUCAAUUAGUCUAGUUACUGGGAAGACGGUGGAUGAGGUUAUCAUGAGGAGAGCAGAAAGGAAGCUGCAGCUGAGCAACAAUGUUAUAGGAGAAAAUGUGGACAACACAAAGAAAGGGAUGGAAGGAGCUAUGACAGGCGACUUGCACUCUGUUAUGUAUGGUUUGAAUAUGCUUGAUCCUACGGGUAUAAGUAAUGGAAACUCAGAUGAAAUUAAUACAUCCGACUUGGGUGAUAUGGCUGAAACAGUGCUAUCAUUGCGCUAUAAUAGGCAAUCCGACAAGGAUAACAGGAAGUUCGAGGUCAAUCCAAUGGAUCUAUCAGAUGAUCACAUAACUGUAGCAAAGGACCCUGAUUCAGUUUCUUUUGAUCCUGGAUUUGAUGAAGCAUCGUAUCUUUCAUGGGUUAAGAAAUUUGAGGAAGUGUCAAAGUCAUGUGAAAGUGCAGAAGUGAAGCCAGGAGGCAGGAGAGACCUGCUUGAGGAGAGGAAUAUUAAAGCUGAGGCUGCUAGGAAGAAGGCAGAAGAGAAGAAAUUGUCCGAGUGGGAAGCUCAUGGAUAUCAUUCCUUGUCUGUAAAGGAACCUACGACUCCUCCAAAUGGCGAUAUGAUGUCAGAUUCAGGUCUUGUUCAUUCUGUCUACGGUGAUUGUACACAUCCUUAUAAUAUUUGCCCAUCAGAGCCAACAAUUGUUUUCAGCUGUACAGAUGAUUCUGGAAAUUGGGGACAUGGAGGCAUGUUUGAUGCGCUAACCAAACUGUCAGUCCAUGUCCCUGAGGCUUAUGAACGAGCUUCUAACUUUAAAGACCUUCAUCUGGGUGAUCUUCAUCUUGUAGAAAUCAAAAAUGAUGUUGAUGAAGGUGGAAAUCAAGGGGGUUCAUGUAAUUGGGUAGCUUUGGCUGUUGUGCAAUCAUACAAUCCUAGGCGCAAAGUUCCUCGCAGCAACAUCUCCAUUCCUGCCCUAGAAAAUUGCCUAUCAAAAGUAUCAUCCGUGGCUGCUCAAAAUUCUGCUUCAAUACACAUGCCACGAAUUGGAUACCAGGAUGCAUCAGAUCGUUCUGAGUGGUACACAAUUGAACGUCUUUUACGGAAGUACGCUUUGUUGUAUGGCAUAAGGAUAUAUGUGUAUUAUUACCGUCGUUCACCGUGAGGACCUUGGAAUGUUAUACCUCCUGGCACCCCCUGCUUUAAUGGAAAGGAGCUCAGAUGUAGCUUGAUGCCUUUGUCUACAAUACUUUUGUUUGUUUAACAUGCUAGUUAGGGAUUUUGAUGUAACUUCCUUGUGUAAUAUAUGAACUUCAAACCUCACUGGAAAAAUAGAUUUUUCUUUCUUCUCUAUUAUUGAAUCAUGUUUAAAAGUAAUCAGAAAUUAUGGAUGGAUGAUAUUCAUUGCUUCU